GUCGUAAGAUCGAGGCGGCCUUAAUCGGCGCGGUAAUAAGACAACGCAACAUCCGGCGACAGGAUUCUGGACCGCACGCCGUUAAUAUGGGCAUCAGUUUCAUUCCGUUGCUUGUGGUGACUAUGGUAUCGAUAAUCAUCGGUAGUUACGGAUGUGCCGUUGGGAAGAGGAGCACCACGGGUGGCGAUAUCGCUAAUAAUAUCGAUUAUCCCGAUUACUCGCCUAAAUACGACGAGUCGUAUCCGGUAGUGCCAAAAAGAGCGGCUCUAUUAUUCGACCAAUUGAUGGUAGCUCUACAAAAGGCCGUCAGUAAUCCGGGAAAAGGUUCAGUUGGGGGCAAAGGUAUAAGCAAGUCAGUGGCACACCGUUUUCCAGCUGCCAACUCGGAAUUCGUCCCUGUGGCGGAUGAUCAAAUGGUAGCAAAUUCGAUAAACCACGUCCGCGUGUCUCCCCGUUUUCAGAUGGAUCUGCAACGACGCGGACAAGACAAGAGUGAGUUUUUCUGGACCUGUUUCGUCAAUGCCCUCGCGUGCUUCAAGAAGAAGUGAUAAUGAUCACGCCGCCGUCAGUUCUCCACAAUCCCCGAAGACCGAAAGAGAGCGCGCGAAAUUUCGUAUUAUUUCCUCGAUUUAGCUGCAGCAGCACGACGAAAUUCUAACAAUGUUUUCCCGGCUAGAGUAUCAAGAAACUAAGUGAAGAUCAAGAAUGUACAAUAGCACAAAAUUAUGAUCGCACUUGGAAAGCCGAGUCGAUUCUCAUUCGAUCUCUCCGGCAAGUUCCGUUUCUUUCGGCGCGCCAAAGGACACCUCCGCCCUUCUUGUCAGCGACUACAUCGCCGUCCCGUUUCCUCUACUAUCGCGGAUCAUACGCGACGCGUCGGGAAGGACCUACACUUACUUUUCCUCUUGCUUAUAAAGUAAACGAUCGAAGAUCCAUUAAAUGACUCUUUAAGCAUAUCAACUAAAAUAAAAUAGUUUGAUAUAAACCUGAAACGUUUGAGUUCCUUCGCCCUAUUAAAAAUUGGAACUGAUAGAAUGCGCAUUCUAUCCGUUUCUGACUGUUUUACUAUGAGUUUCUUUGCCUGCAAUUACGGAUAGGAGCAAAUGAAAAAGUUGCAGAUUCUAUAAGAUGUAUACGCAAAAACAGUAUCUGCAACUGCAGUUAGCCUUCUAUUUAUUUUUGCGCACACAGAAUAUGCGACACUCUUAAUUUGCUUCCGUAAUUGCAGGGUAAGAAACGCAUAGCACAAUAGUCAGAAACAGAUGCACGUUCUAUCAGUUUUUAACGAAAUUUUUACUAGGGCACGGUUUCCGUUUCGGUUUUGCGAGUUAAUUUUAG